AUGAGUGAUCUACCUAUCGAAUUCACUGAAUUGGUUGAUUUAACUUCUCUAGGGAUCUCCCCUCAAUCCUUAGAUUUUAGAUCUACCACUUUUGAAAGUGAUCACUACGUAACCGUUAGAGAAUCAAUUGAUGGUAAUAAUUCAGUUGCUAUAGUCGACCUCUCAAAUGGUAAUCAAGUUACAAGGAAAAAUAUGGGCGGUGAUUCCGCAAUCAUGCAUCCAAAUCAAAUGGUUAUUUCUGUAAGAGCAAAUGGUACCAUUGUACAAAUUUUUAAUUUAGAAACAAAAUCAAAAUUAAAAUCUUUCACUUUAGAUGAACCUGUCAUCUUUUGGAAAUGGCUUAAUGAUGAAACUUUAGGUUUUGUUACAGCAAGAUCAAUUCUCGUAUCAAAUGUGUUUGAUGGUAACGUUAAUGCAAAACCACAAGUAUUGACAACGAGACAUGCCAAUUUAAAUAAUACUCAAAUUAUUAACUUUGUUGCAAAUGCAAAAUUAGAUUGGUUUGCAGUAGUUGGUAUCAUUCAAGAAAAUGGUUCCAUUGCUGGUAAGAUUCAAUUAUUUUCUAAACAACGUAACAUUUCACAAGCAAUUGAUGGUCACGUUGCUAUCUUCACUGAAACGUUAUUGGAAGGUAAUGGUUCCUCUCCAGUACAAAUCUUUGUCACAGGUAAUAGAAACACUACAACUGGAACUGGUGAAUUAAGAAUGAUUGAAAUUGAUCACGAUGCCUCUUUACCAACUCAAUACCAAAAGAGAACUACCGAUAUCUUCUUUCCUCCUGACGCAACAAAUGAUUUCCCAAUUUCCGUUCAAGUCUCUUCCAAAUAUGGUAUCGUCUACCUAUUAACUAAAUAUGGUUUCAUCCAUUUAUACGAACUAGAAACUGGUACAAAUCUUUUCGUAAAUAGAAUCACUGCAGAAUCAGUGUUCACUGCUACUUCCUUCCAUAACAAAAAUGGUAUUGCUUGUAUCAAUAAGAAAGGUCAAGUUCUUGCUGUGGAAAUUGCUACUGAACAGAUCGUUUCAUACAUUUUGAAUAAACUAUCAAAUGUUUCUUUAGCAUUAACAGUAGCAACAAGAGGUGGAUUGCCUGGUGCAGAUGAUUUAUUCAGUAAACAAUUUGAAUCUUUGUUAUCUCAAGGUGAUUAUCAAAGUGCUGCUAAAAUUGCAGCAUCUUCUCAAAGUUUAAGAAAUCAAAAUACUAUUAAUAGAUUGAAAAAUAUUCAAGCAGCUCCAGGUGCAAUAUCUCCAAUCUUAUUAUAUUUCUCCACUUUAUUAGACAAAGGUAAAUUAAACAAGGAAGAAACCAUUGAAUUAGCUAGACCUGUCUUACAACAAGAUAGGAAACAAUUAUUUGAAAAAUGGUUAAAGGAAGAUAAAUUAGAAUGUUCCGAACAAUUAGGUGAUAUUGUUAAACCAUUCGAUACCAAAUUAGCUUUAGCUUGUUAUCUAAGAGCAGAAGUCCAUGCCAAAAUCAUAUCGUCUUUAGCUGAAUUACAAGAGUUCGAUAAAAUCUCACCUUAUUGCCAAAAAGUCAAUUAUCAACCAAAUUACCAAGUUCUCUUAUCUACUAUUAUGAGAUCUUCUCCUGAUAGAGCUUCUGAAUUCGCGAUUUCUUUGUUACAGAAUCCUGAAAUUUCUUCAACUUUGGAUAUUGAAAAAAUUGGUGAUCUUUUCUUUUCACAAAAUUUCAUUCAACAAGGUACUUCAUUAUUAUUAGAUGCUCUAAAAAAUGAUACCCCAGAUCAGGGCCACUUACAAACAAGAGUUUUAGAAGUUAAUUUGUUACAUGCUCCUCAAGUUGCUGAUGCCAUCUUAGGUAACAACAUCUUCUCUCACUAUGAUAAACCAACAAUCGCAUCUCUUGCCGAAAAAGCUGGACUUUAUCAAAGAGCCUUAGAAAAUUAUACUGAUAUCGAAGAUAUCAAGAGAUGUGUCGUCCACACUAAUGCUUUAACCAUAGAUUGGUUAAUUUCUUACUUUGGUAAAUUAAAUGUUGAACAAUCAUUAGCUUGCUUGAGAGCUUUAAUUGAUGACAACUUACAAGCAAAUAUCCAAAUUGUUGUACAAGUUACUACCAAGUUCUCAGAUUUAAUUGGCUCCCAAAUUCUGAUCAAACUUUUUGAAGAUUAUAAUGCAACUGAAGGUUUAUACUAUUAUUUGGCCUCUUUAGUUAAUUUAACUGAAGAUAAAGAUGUCGUUUACAAAUACAUCGAAGCUGCCGCUAAAAUGCAACAAUUCAAUGAAAUUGAAAGAAUUGCUAGAGAUAACAAUGUCUUUGAUCCUGAAAGAGUGAAAAACUUCUUAAAAGAUGCAAACUUACAAGAUCAAUUACCAUUUGUCAUCGUAUGUGAUCGUUUUGGUUUUGUUCAUGAAAUGAUCUUACAUCUUUACAAGACACAAAAUUUGAAAUUCAUUCAAACUUACGUUCAACAAGUCAACCCAUCAAAGACCCCUGAAGUUGUUGGUGCUUUAUUGGACAUGGAUUGUGAUGAAUCAUUCAUCCAAACUCUUCUAAAUUCCGUUUUAGGUCAAGUUCCUAUUAAUGAACUAACUGCUGAAGUUGAAAAGAGAAACAGAUUAAAAUUAAUUUUACCUUUCUUGGAACAAACUUUAGCUCAAGGUGCUCAAGAUCAAGCUAUUUAUAAUGCAUUAGCUAAGAUUUACAUUGAUUCUAACAAUUCUCCAGAGAAGUUUUUGAAAGAAAAUGAUCAAUAUGAUACCUUAGAUGUCGGUCACUAUUGUGAAAAGAGAGAUCCUUACUUAGCUUACAUUGCUUACGAUAAAGGUAACAAUGACGAUGAUUUAAUCAGAAUCACAAACGAAAAUAGUAUGUAUAAAUAUCAAGCUAGAUAUUUAUUAAAACGUUCUGAUUCAAGCUUGUGGAACACUGUAUUAGACUCUGAAAAUAUCUAUAGACGUCAAUUAAUCGAAUCCGUAAUUUCUGUUGGUAUUCCUGAAUUAACUGAUCCAGAACCAGUUUCUUUGACUGUUCAAGCUUUCAUGACUAAUGGAUUAAAAUUGGAGUUGAUUGAAUUGUUAGAAAAGAUUAUCUUGGAACCAUCUCCAUUUAACGACAAUGUUGCUUUACAAGGAUUGUUAUUAUUAUCCGCCAUUAAAUAUGAGCCAUCAAAGGUUUCAUCUUACAUUGACAAACUAGAAAAUUAUGAUGCCAAUGAAAUUGCGCCACUAUGUAUUGAACAUGAUUUGAAAGAAGAAGCUUUCGAAAUUUACGAUAAACAUGAAAUGUUUACUAAAGCUUUGAGGGUCCUUGUAGAAGAUGUCAUGUCUUUGGACAGAGCAGCAACUUAUGUUGAAAAAAUUAAUACUCCUGAUUUGUGGGCUCAAUUGGGUACUUCUCAAUUAGACGGUCUAAGAAUUCCAGAAGCUAUCGACUCCUAUAUUAAGGCUAACGACCCAUCUAAUUUUGAAAAUGUUAUUGAGAUUGCUGAGCAAGCUGAAAAAUUCGAAGAAUUAAUUCCAUAUCUAUUAAUGGCUAGAAAGACCAUGAAGGAAGCUAAGAUUGAUGGCUCUCUAAUUCUUGCAUACGCCCAUCUAGACAAGAUUCACGAAAUUGAAAACUUGCUAUCAGGCUCUACUGUCGCAAACUUAAAUGCUGUUGGUGAUAAAUUAUUGGAAAGCAACAAUUAUAAGGCUGCUAAAUUGUGUUAUAGCGCUGUCUCUAAUUAUUCAAAAUUAGCAUCUACUUUAGUUUACCUAGGUGACUACCAAGCAGCCGUUGACACAGCAAGAAAGGCCUCCAAUAUUAAAGUUUGGAAACUGGUUAAUGAUGCAUGUAUUGAUCAAAAAGAAUUCAGAUUGGGCCAAAUUUGUGGUUUGAAUUUAAUUAUCCAUGCAGAGGAAUUAGAUGGACUUGUAGAAAAAUAUGAAUCAAAUGGGUACUUCGAUGAAUUGAUUUCUUUAUUCGAAGCCAGUUUAGGUUUAGAAAGAGCUCAUAUGGGUAUGUUUACCGAAUUAGCUAUACUGUAUUCAAAAUAUGACACUAGUAAAACAUUCGAACAUUUGAAGUUGUUCUGGUCUAGAUUAAAUAUCCCAAAGGUAAUCAGAGCUGUUGAAACUGCUCACCUAUGGCCUGAGUUAGUAUUCUUAUACGCCCAUUAUGAUGAAUGGGAUAACGCUGCCUUAACUAUCGUUGAAAAGUCCGGCGAUGAUUUCGAUCAUGCCUAUUUCAAGGAAAUAGUUGUUAAAGUUUCUAAUUUAGAAAUUUAUUACAAGGCUAUCAACUUCUAUGUUAAAGAGCAUCCAUCAUUAUUGGUAGAUUUAUUAACAGCCUUGACUCCAAGAUUAGAUAUUCCAAGAACUAUCAAGAUAUUUUACAAAUCUGAUAAUCUACCAUUAAUUAAACCAUUCUUAAUUAAUGUUUUGCAAAAAAAUAACUCUGUGGUGAAUGCUGCCUAUCAUGAUUUGAUGAUCGAGGAAGGUGACUACAAAGCUCUACAGGCUGCAGUUGACUCAUACGAUAAGUUCGAUCAAUUAGGUUUAGCUUCUCGUCUAGAAACACAUGAAAUCAUUUUCUUCAGAAAAAUCGCCGCUUUAUUAUACCGCAGAAAUAAGAAGUGGAUGAAGAGUUUGAACAUAUUGAAGGAGGAGAAGUUAUGGAAGGACGUGAUAGAAACUGCUGCAAUUUCACAAGAUGCUAAAGUAGUCGAAGAUUUACUAUUAUAUUUCGUUGAAAUUGGCAACAAAGAAGCAUUCGUUGCGUUAUUAUACGCUGCCUAUAAUUUGGUUAAUUAUGAUUUUGUCUUGGAAACCUCAUGGUUAAACUCCUUAGAUGAUAUUAUCAAACCUUAUGAAAUCUCCGUUAAGAAAGAGCAGGUCAUGGCUAUUGAAAAGUUGUCCAAACACUUGGCAGAGGGAAAAUUUAGCGAUAAUAAUCUCAAUGAUAAUCAACCUCUAAUGUUAAUGAACAGUGCUAUGGGUUCCCAACCAACUGGCUUUUAG